AUGAACAUACGGUUUUGGAUCAACAGCAAGUCAUGGCAUUAUGAUUGUGGAUGUAUACCAAAUGAAAAUGGUGAUCUUAUGCAUUUUUCUACUACAAAUAUUCCUAUAAUUACUGUGCCUACCGUAUACGUCACUUAUUUUUCUACAUUCGGUGCUCUGGCAUGGCAUUUGUUAUUAUAUCCAAAUUCAGUUCAGCAACUGAAUGCACCCAUUUUAUCUUCGACAGCUAUUGAUUCGGAUGGAGAAGCUCGUUUUCGAAUUGCUGGCACUUCUGUGCGUACACGUACUUGUCAUUUUGUUCGAGCACGUCUUCUAGCUACAAUGUCGUUCUUAUCAAUAAAUUCUAAUCGCAAUGAUGGACGUCUAUUACUAAAUCGAUGUUUUGAACAAUUUGCAUUCUUAACUGCUGAAAAUCAAUCGGGCUGGAUUAAACAAAUUUAUUCAGCAUUAGAAGAUGUUCGCGAAGCAGAAGAAGAAUUUCAAAACGUAGUAUUUUAUCAUGUUCAUGGCAAAUUAGGAGAGCAUAACGCUUAUAUACAUCAAUUGCUUUUGCAACCAAAUAUUCAUAAAUGA